AUGACUAUCUCGUAUGAAUCACCAACUAUUGAUGCUACUCAAAAUGCUACAGUGAAAAAACCAGCUUAUUUCACUGAAAAAUUCAAUAAAUCAGAAUCAAAUGAAAAAAUAAUUAAAGAAUUAGGACUUGUGGGUCAUAGAGAAGGUGGUUUUUUCAAAGAAACUGAUAGAUCACCAUUUUAUAUAGAAAAUCCACAUUAUCAAGGGAAUUCAAGUACCAUGUCCACAGUUAACCAACCUCAAUCCAAUGAUGACAAGGCCAAAUAUAGAAAUUAUUCAACUUUAAUUUAUUAUUUAUUAACUCCAGAAAUUCCAUAUGGUAGAUUUCAUACAAAUAAAAAUAGAAUAAUUCAUAUUUUACAAAAAGGUAGAGGUCAAUAUGUCUUGAUCUAUCCAAAUGGUGAAGUUAAAUCAUUCAUUGUUGGGUUUAAUCAUUCAAAAGGUGAAGUUUCUCAAUGGGUUGUUCCAGGUGGUGUUUAUAAAGCUAGUUAUCUUUUACCAUUAGAUUCCCAAAUUGGAGAAACAAAAGAUGAUCAUUUAUUAAUUAGUGAAGUUGUUGUUCCAGGUUUUGAAUAUGAAGAUCAUGAAUUUUUAGAAGGUGUUGAUAAUUUGAAAAAAUUAGUUGGUGAAGAAAAAGGUGAUGAAUUAUCUUUUUUAUUACAUGAAUCAAAUUAA